UCAUAUGUAAAAUAACAUAUCCACUAUUAAAUGGACUACAACUCAAUGAUGUUACUGGAGGUUUUACAUGUAUUUAAGCGUUGACAAAGACAUUCAAUGUGCGUGCAGGUGAAACUUUCUCUCCUGUAAGAUUUUUGGCUCCGUAUUGCUGACCAAGAUUUGUUGUUGGCUCUUAGGAUUUGGGUCACAUUUUAAAGUUCCUAAGCUAAAUUUACGCGUUCAUUUCUUUAAACAGCUGAACAAAACAGCAGGAAUGAGUGAUUCUAAAGGACUAGAAGAGGUCAAGGUUGUUGUCGUGGGUUCAGGAUUCGCAGGUGUCGCUGCUGCAGCAACGCUGGUCAAAGCAGGAUUUCAAAAUGUUCUGCUCCUCGAGGCGAAAGAUAGAGUUGGAGGUCGGGUGCACACCACCAAACCGUUCACCGAUAAGGUCCUUGAGGUUGGGGCGAACUGGAUUCAUGGACAGAAAGGAAACCCACUUUUCAAGCUCGCAAAACAACACAACCUGCUGUCUGGGGAACCGUCGACAAGCAAAAGUAUGUGCUCGCCGCAUUCUGUAACAACUAAAGAUUUCUUUUUUAGAGAAGACGGGACACGGGUCUCAAAGAAGGUUGUAGAGCAGGUUUGUUCACGCUUCAGCAAGCUCACCGACAAAGCUUUUGAUGAUGAACUUGCUCGCAAGCACAGAAAGAUGACUCUGGGUGGUUAUCUGGACGACGCCUUUGAAGAAUCCACAGAAGAUGGCCAAAUGGUCUUUGAGUGGUGCAAGAGGAUUGAAUGCACAGAUGAAGCUUGUUCUUCUCUCUACGAGGUGUCUGCCGCACAGACUAGUGAAUACACCGAACCCGAGGGAGGUUUCUUCAACACUUUAGGAUUGGGUGGCUAUCGAGCAGUGUUAGAUGUUCUCCUGAAAGAUCUGCCCUCAGGUACUAUCCAAUGUAAUGCAGAAGUAAAGACCAUCCAGUGGGAUCUGAUUAAAGUAGGAGAGAGUGAAGAACAUCCUGUUCGGAUCACCUGUCAAAAUGGGCAGUCUUAUGAUGCAGACCAUGUGAUUGUCACUGUAUCUUUGGGGGUUCUCAAAGACAAAGCAGACACAAUGUUUAAGCCGUCACUACCGCAACCCAAACUGAAUGCCAUUCAGAAUCUCGGUUUUGGAACAGUGGACAAAAUUUUCCUGUAUUUUGAAGAGAAGUUUUUGCCGGAUGACUGUACUAUUCAGAUGGUGUGGGAAGAAGGGCCAGAAGAUGAAGAUGUUUACAAAGCUUCGUCUAAAGGAGAUGACUGGAAAGAGACGUGGUACAAGAAGAUCACCGGUUUUGAUGUGGUGGCACGUCACCCCACUGCUCUGUUAGGCUGGAUCACAGGUAGAGAAGCACUACAUAUGGAGACGCUCGAGGACAGUGAAAUCAGAGAAACCUGUGUGAGGUUGCUGAGGACUUUCACCGGCUGGACGGUGCCAGAAGCCUCAAAGACGCUUAUCUCCAGAUGGGGUCAUGAUACCCAUGUGCGUGGCUCCUAUACAUUUGUUCCUCAUCGUGUUAAUGGAGUAGAGGAACAUAAGGCAUUAGCAUCUCCUCUUCCCCCCAAGGGGAGCGAGCCCCUCCAGGUGUUGUUUGCUGGUGAAGCUACACAUGUGAACUUUUACACCACAACCCAUGGAGCUUACUUGACAGGUGUCAGAGAGGCACAGAGGCUCAUCAGUUAUCACUCGGAUUAAACACCACUAUCCUAAUGUUUAUGAGUUUUAUAUACUUGACCUUGCAUCUUGCAAUCUUUGCAUUUAAUGGGUCAUGGGCAACUUUCUUUGUACAUUAAACUGAUUGCUGUAUCAAGCAUAUAUCUGCUCUGUUAAUUGCUAAACAGUUAAGGAAGUUAAGAAUUAUUCUGAUAACUCUCUAAUGUACAAUAAUGAGCUUCUUUAAUUCUAAAGAAUGAUGAUUUAAUGAUGAUUUUAGUUUAAAUUAGCUGUCUUAACCAUGUCCAUUUGUUUGCAUAGAAAAACAAUGAAUAUAUAUGUUUGCUGAUUUUAGCCAACAAAAGCUUGUCUUAGGAAAAUUACGAAACAAAACGAAAUCUAUGAAAAAAAGUACUCUGUUGAGCAAAAAAAGGUACAUUUUGAAGAACGUAGAACAGCUGUCGGUGACGAUAGCUCUGUGGUUACUUCGCCGACAUAUAGUGCCAGUGCACUUGUGGCCUGACCAGACUUCAAAUCCCGUCUCGAGCAUCAUUUGCUAGUUCCUCACCCCUGUCUCUCCAACACUUUACUGUCUGCUCUCCACUGUCCCAUAAAAUGAAUCUAGGACAGUUCUCUGGCUCUUUUGACUACCAUUGUAUUUUUUCCUACUACGGUAGUCAAUUGGUGCAAAAUCUGUCUGGUUAUAAGCAUUUUUCCAAAUAUCUUUCUCUGUGUUCAUCAGAACAAGGAAAUUUGAACCAGUAAAUGAUGACAGAAUUUUCAUUUUUGGGUGAAUUAACUGUUUAAAUACAAAGAUCCAAGGUUGUUUAAAUGAGCUCUAAAAGUGAAUGUGUUUUGUGCAUGCAGUGCUUACAGAUGUGUGUUGCAUAUACUUCACAAGCACGUUUUAAGAAAUUAUCAAAUAAAAUCAAGUCUGUUUUUUCUUUUCCACACAACAUUGCAGCCUUCAAAACACAUUGUGAUGUUUUGCACUGGAGAUUACGGUACAUUUGUAAUUUUAUUCAAAAAUGUAAACUCAAAGUAUCCUUAAAUGUGCUUGUUGUAAAAGUAUAAUGUAUGUCAUUUACAAAUGAGAGUGCAUUUAACUUUCUUUGCUUAGAUUUACAGAUAACCAAUAAAUAAUGAGUCAAUUCUA